AUGGCACUGAGCAUCGCCAUACCUCUCGGCGUCCUCGCGUGCAUCGGGGCGCUCGGCGCCGUCAUCUGGGACGACGUCGCCGUCGCCGUCGGGCCCCAGCCGGGGGGAGGAGGGGGCGGCGAGCAGCAGCGGGGCCCGGGCCCCGGCCCGGGGGGCGACGGCGACGUGGAGCUCUGCGCCAUCUGCAAGGCGCGGCUGGCGGAGGCGGAGGCGGGGUGGGGCGGGCGCCGGCGGCUGCGGCCGUGCGGGCACGUGUACCACACGGACUGCAUCAGCCUCUGGCUCCAGCGCAGGUGGACCUGCCCCGUGUGCCGGGCCGACGUCCUCAUCUCGGCGACCGAGAUCAUGGACGCCAUGGUGUGA